UUACAGUGAAUUGUUGUGAAGGCUUCACCCCCCAGAAGGGAGGCGAGCUCCGGACUGCCACUCCCCUCUCUCACUCUCUCUCUGGUGGGCAAGGGAAGCACGCCUCACUCAGGACCACUUUAGUCUCUCUUCACAUGUCAAACUUCACCCCAUGGAGUCUUCAACCAACAGCCUGGAUCGCACUGUGUGAGGCACCUGUUCUCCGGUCUCCUUGUGGUAGAAGGCGCUAGUGAUCCCAGAGAUCAUUCUUGCACUACUCGGCAAAGCCUGGGGACAUCUAAAGCCGGUGCCGACCAUCAGGGCUGAGUUGCGACGAAAGAGUGUGUCGAUGUUGAGAUAUUAAGCCGAGUUGAUGAUGUGUCGGCGGAGGGAAGCGGGGAGUUUACCGACCAAGCAUCCGUGAUGGAGACGCGUCUUCAGGCUCAGGAGGAUGAGAUCACGCUGCUCAAGUCCUCAUUGGCAGACGCCCUGCGCAGGAUCCACCUGCAUGAGCAGCUCCUCCCUGUACUCACACAACAGAUAAUUGCAGUAAACCCUGCUGCUGCCAGAAUCAUCAACCAAGUCUGCUGCCAUAAUUCCAUCCAUGGAGGUCACCAGCCUUGUAACAGCCAAUCGGCACAGAUUGUUGUGAGCAGUAGAAAUGGCCACACACUGUCAGCAGAUCCCAGACCAGCCAGCGUUGACAGAUGCACCCAGACAGAAGCUAGCAGUACCGAGCUGGGUGGAGGCCAGAAGAGGAAGUUUUUAUCCAGGCGGGUGCAGAGCCUGCACCUGGAGGACGCCCUCCUACCAGGGGUGUCAGAAGAGAUGCGGUCAAGGCUGCACCAAGCCCCCUUUAUGGAGGACGAUGAGCUGGAGGAUGACGAGGACGAAAGAGGAGUUGGGGAGCAGGACAAGGAUUUGAGUUCGAUUUCAUCAGUGGAAGAGCCCAUUCGGGCUACUACGAUCACCAGCCUCCAAGAUGGACAUGUUGGUCCCGCAGAUGCCGACAUUCCACCAGCUUUAAACAGACGUUCAGAUCAGAACUCGGGCCCCUCGACCAGUCCUCUGUCUCCUAUCCGAGAAGUGCAGAAGAAACCUCUCGUGAGAACCAAAAGCGAUUACCUGGUACUCCCGAAGAGGCAGAUCAAACCUCUGAAAAAGAAAGCCAUGUCUUCAGCCAACCUCCUGUGCCAAUCGCCAAACUUGGAGAUUCGUGCCAGGGAGCUUAUGGCCAAUUCAGGCUCCAGAAGAGGAACUUACAGUCAAGAACAGUCCAUCAAAAUGUUCAUUCGGGGCCGUCCCAUAACCAUGUACAUCCCCUCCAACAUCCAGAAUUACGAAGAGCUGAAGAUGGAGCCGCCCUCCGAGAGACUGGAGCUGGACUGGAUCUAUGGUUACCGGGGGCGGGACUGUCGUGCCAACCUGUACUUCCUCCCGACGGGCGAGGCGGUCUACUUCACCUCCUGCGUCAUCGUCCUUUACCACAUCAACAAGCGCACACAACGUCACUAUCGCAAACACACUGACUGUAUCCGCUGUCUCACACUCCAUCCUGAUAAGGUGCGAAUAGCGUCGGGCCAAACAGCGGGCGUGGACAAAGAUGGCAAGCCCGUGCAGCAGUGUGUUCAUAUUUGGGACUCGACAACUUUGGUAACCCUUCAGCAGAUCGGACUGGGAACUUUCCAUAAAGGAAUUGGAUCUGUUGCCUUUUCCACGAUGGAUUCUGGUGUUUUCCUUUGUGUGAUUGAUGACUCCAAUGAACACAUGUUGUCUGUAUGGGACUGCACCAAAGGCACAAAGCAAGCGGAGGUCAAGACCACCAACGAGGCAGUGUUUGCCGUUGAGUUUCACCCUGCUGACAGCACCAACAUCAUCACCUGUGGUAAAUCCCACGUCCAUUUCUGGACUCUAAGCUCGGGCCAGUUUACCAAGAAGCAAGGCAUCUUUGGAAAAUACAAGAAGCCCAAGUUUAUCCAGUGCUUUGUGUUUAGCCUGACUGGUGAGGUUCUGACGGGAGAUUCGGAGGGAAACAUCCUGACAUGGGGCAAGUCUGCCGCAGAUAUCAAAACUCUUGGCAAAGGAGCCAAAGAAACCUUCCAGAUUAUGCGACAGACCAAAGCCCACGAAGGGAGCGUGUUUACCCUUUGCAUCCUGCAGGACGGUGCUGUGUUAAGUGGUGGGAGCAAAGACCGCAAGAUCAUCCGCUGGAGCGCCGACCUUGCGCCAGAGCGAGAGUGUGAGAUUCCGGAGGAGUUUGGUGCGGCCCGCACCAUUGCUGAUAUGGACGGUGAGGAAGUGUUAGUGGGAACAACAAGAAACGCCAUCCUCAGAGGCACCUUCUCUGAGGGAUUUGUGGCCGUUGUGCAAGGUCAUGUGGAUGAGAUGUGGGGACUCGCGACACAUCCUUCCCUCAACGUCUUCCUCUCCUGUGGCCAUGACAGGCAGGUGUGUGUAUGGAACACUGAGGAACACAAGCUGGACUGGUCCAUCACCCUUGAGGACUAUGGAUUGUGUGCUGAUUUCUGUCCAAAUGGAUCAGUGGUUUCAGUUGGCCUCAGCACAGGAAGAUGGGUGGUCCUGGACUUGCUGACGAGAGAAGUCAUCGCUGAUUUUGUUGACGGGAACGAGCAGCUGUCCGUCAUGAGGUACUCUCCUGAUGGCAGCUGUCUGGCUGUGGGCUCACAUGACAACUUUAUCUACAUCUACAAUGUGACAGAAAAUGGUCGGCACUACACUCGCUUUGGGAGAUGCAAUGGCCACUCCAGCUUCAUAACUCACUUGGAUUGGUCCAAAGAUGGGGGCUACAUUAUGUCGAAUUCAGGCGACUACGAGAUCCUCUACUGGGACAUUGCUGCAGGCUGCAAAUUGUUGAGGAAUCGCUUUGAGAGCAAAGACAGGGAAUGGGCCUCCUACACCUGCGUUCUGGGCUUCCAUGUCAUGGGUGUGUGGUUGGAGGGCUCUGACGGCACCGACAUAAACGCGCUGUGUCGUUCUCACAGCGAGAGCGUGGUGGCGGUGGCCGACGACUUCUGCAAAGUCCAUCUCUUCAAGUACCCUUGUCCCAAACCUAAGGCGCCCAGUCACAAGUACGAGGGCCACGGCAGCCACGUCACCAACGUGCGCUUCACCCACAGCGACUCCCACCUGCUCUCAAUGGGUGGCAAGGACUCCAGCAUUUUCCAAUGGAGGGUGAUCCGGCCGACCUCUGCCUCGUCCACCGCAGCCAGCUCUUCUGAACAGCUAAAGAAUGACAGCAGCAAUUAAAAGCAGAAGUAGAGCGGCAUACAUGAAGCCGUUGGAAAACUGUCAUAAGUGGAGAAGGACUAACAUCCCAGGACUAACACCUAUAUAAAAUGCUGGUGAAACUAAAACUAAAUGCAAAAUGUGACUAUUAAGAGAACAUUCCUGGGUUUUUAUAAGGCUAUGUGGUGGUGUAUGACACUGUAAUUGAUGUGGAUUUACAAUAGUGCUCCUAUGUUGUAUGUGUUAAACUAUUUGUUGGCUGUAGGCUGCCUUUAUGCUUACAUCAGUGGUGUCCAAAGUGUGGCCUGGGCGUCAUCUUUGGCCCGCUGCCCGUUCGGCCCUCAGCACUUUCUAAAAAAUAAAAUGAGAUGUAUUAUUAGAUACUACACAAAUGUGCUUUGUCAACUAUAAAAUCAAAAACAAA